GCGGCAGUAGGAGUGGCUGAAGAGCUGGCACCCUGCUUUGCAUGAAUCGUGGAAUCUAGGAGCUGCAGCUGAGAUAUUUCCUGUCAGCCGCACAGACAGAGCCGAGGGCGGAGAAGAGGGAUGGCAGAAAACAGCUCCGAGACAAGCGGCUCCGUUUAUCGGAGAUGUUUGGCCCAUUCCUCGGCAGAGAAAAACAUUUCAUCCAGCGUCGGGGCAUCGAAAUGGAUUCGCCUGAACGUCGGGGGGACAUAUUUUCUAACAACAAGACAGACGCUGUGUCGAGAUCCCAAGUCAUUUCUGUACAGACUGAGCCAAGCUGACCCCGAGCUCGACUCCGAUAAGGAUGAAACUGGUGCCUAUCUCAUCGACAGAGACCCCACGUACUUUGGGCCAGUGCUCAACUACUUGAGGCAUGGCAAACUGGUGCUCAACAGGGACUUGGCAGAGGAAGGUGUGCUGGAAGAAGCCGAAUUCUACAACAUCACAUCAUUAAUAAAGCUCAUCAAGGACAAGAUCAGGGAACGGGACUGCAAAACAUCACAGGCUCCGGUGAAGCAUGUGUACCGGGUGCUGCAGUGCCAGGAGGAGGAGCUGACACAGAUGGUGUCCACCAUGUCUGACGGCUGGAAGUUUGAGCAGCUUGUCAGUAUAGGUUACGGGCGGGCCCACCAGUCAGAGUUUCUGCUGAUUGUGUCAAGGGAGGUGAAGGGAGAGGAGUCUGCUUUGCCAAACAACAGCGGAGAGCUGGUCAGCAUAGGCUCCUCUUACAACUACGGAAAUGAGGACCAAGCAGAGUUCCUGUGUGUAGUCUCCAAGGAGCUGCACAACCAAUCAUACGGGACAAACAGUGAGCCCAGUGAGAAGGCGAAGAGCGAGGACGAAGAGACGGAUUAUGAAAUGAAUGACUCUGAUUAGGGUUGAGCACUUAUGACUCAAUGAUUCUUCAGGAAAGGGGUUCCCGGAUGUGAAGAGGACUCAGUAUUAUGAGCUCCAGGUGUUACGAUGCAAACAUAUCAUCUUUGUGGAAGAACGUAUGGCACAACGGAGAUUUAAGAGGGGGGUGUACGUUUUGUUUCAUGUUUUCCCUCCAUUUUUUUUAUUAUUUCUUUCUGUAAAUAAGUCUGUUUACUGACUUUUUUUGUGCCUGUACAUUUAAACUGGACCUUUUUGAAUUAGCGGCAAGACUUUUUUUUUCCAUCUAAAGGUAGGAAUUGUAAUCUUCAAAUGUUUUAUGCUAGAAAAUAUGGCCAUCAUCAUGCAAGGCCAAUGAUUCACUCAGGGUCUUCUAUUGAGUUACUUCUUAUAUCCUCCAACUCAAGGGUCUUGUAAGGGAUCAUUAUGGUCUUUAUAACUCAAAGUAUCAAACUCAAAAUCAUUAUUUAGAUGAAUUGAGAUGUUAAGAAGGGAAUUAUUCAGUUAUUUAGCACAUUAAGAUGUGGGCCUUUUUUUAAAAUGUGAAAUGCACCCCCAAAACCAAAUUGAUAGACUGUUAUGACCAAGGUAUUAGACAGUUGAAUUGACUCUGAUGAACAUGAACUGUAUUUCAGCAGUAGAGACUAGAACUAAAGCUUUGUACACCCUUGCACAUUUUUUGUUCCCUACUUUUAGGGAAACAUUUUAGUUUCUUUAUUUGUGUUCACCAUGAGAUUUGUCAGCAAUGUUUCCAUCUAAUGUUUAUGCAUCCACAGCAGCACUGUUAAUGAGGCAGGUAGGAACUGAACUUGUUACCAAUUUGAAUCUUUCCUCCCCUUUUACAAGAUGAAAACUAAAUGUUAGUGAUGUGAUUGAAUAGUUAUAGGGGCAUUAAAUGAUUUUUGACAUGAUUACUUUUGAUCAGCAACCAAAAAACUGCAAUAAUUUUCGCAGGUCGUUACAGGCACAGCUUAUAGUGGCCUGUAAUGGGCAGAAUCAUAAAAAAACAUGUCUAAGUUAAAUAAGCUUGCACGGUAGAGCAGAGAUCCAACAGAAAUACCACAUGAAGAGUUAACACAUCACAAUGCAAUAAUACUGCUUUGUCAUUUGCUUUUUUUGGCUCCAGAUUUAAACGUGUCACUCUGGUGGUGUCAGCCUCCAUGUUUCAACCCGGUGUACAAACAGUUCAGUUUUUUGGUAUUGAUCAACAAACCUCCACAGAUAUGACUCUUUUGUGCUGCAGGGGAGUAAAGAAAAAAGUGUUUACAAAACGUGCCUAAAACCACCUUCAAAAGUACGUUUUUGCAGCCCAUUGAAAAGUGGAUUUGACAGUUUAAAGGACUGAAAUUGUUCUCGAAACACUACAUGAGGCCUGAGACUUCAGCCUGUCACGGUUGGGCUUUCUGGAGCUGCGCAGUUUGACACAGAAAAUGGCUUUGUAGCCGUUAUGGUCUUUUUAUUCUGUUGUCAUUUGAUAACAUCGCAGUUUAGUCUUGAGUCUCUGAUUUCUAGUUUGGGAAGAAACUUAUUCAUGUUCAUAAAUUUAGAGGGACCUGUCAAAAUCAAAGUAAAACAAAUGUGAAUUCUGUUUAGGGGUGAUUUUCUGUUUAACAUCAAUGUCCUAUGACAAGGGCCCAUAAUAUUUUUCCUGUUAAAUCAAGCAAGGGGGGAAAAAUAUUGAAAGACAAUGUUGUCUUUGUUUUCUCACUGACUUCUGAGUUUUCCUAACCUAGUUUUUUUUUUUUUUUUUUUUUUUUUUGUAUGUUAGAGGAAACAUCUUGUUUAAGGCUUUUUGAGGGGAAAUAUUUUUGGUGUGGGAGGUUUGGGAAUUGGAAUGGUUUGAAGGCGGUGGUGAAGGAAUAUAUGUUAAUAUCAAUAGGUUUUUUUUUGUUAUGUAAAUAAUCCAAGUCCAAUAUUAAUAUUUAACUCUUAAAACUGCACGUUUUGUACACUGUAUAGAAAACACAACUUCAAAUAGAAGUUGUUUAUACUGGAUCUUUAAAAGCUAGAAAAUCUUGACAAUGUUAACUUCAGUUUUGCAUUGUUUGUACAGGAUUCUAGACCUAAAGAGAUUUCUAAGUAAGGACUGAAAUGGUUGAUACUGAUUAUGGUGUCUUUCACUUGAGAACAUGCCUGGAACAUCUUUUGAUAUCCAAUAACAAAGCUAUACUUGGCUGGCUAAGAAGUUGACUGUUACAUUUUUUUUAAAUGUAUUUUUCUUGCAGUGUGAUAGAUUCUUCUAAGAAUUUUGAAUUGUGUAGAUUUUGAAAACAGCAUUUCAAGCACUACAGUGGGAAUAACACUGUGCACAAUGCUUACAAGCCUGUGAUGUUGUAAAUACUGCAUUUUAGAACACUUUUUUUCUUUUUAUAGAAAGUUGUUUCAGGUUUGAUGUGUGCUUUUGAUUGGUUGGAUAUUUCAUUCACAAAUAAUCAUUUAGUGUUGCCUUUUUCCCGAUGACCAAAAUCCAAUGUCUUAUGUGUAUUGUACACAUUGAUCUUAGUGUCAGGGAUGAGUGAACUUUUCUUACUGCUGGCACACUUUGUACAUAUAUACAGACUUGUUAACGACACACAAACCUCCAUUUACUCACACGUACACAUAUACACUUGACUAAAACACAGUUUUAUAUUGUUGGGGACAAAAGUAUGGAUGCAUGUUUUUGAUAUAUAUAUAUAUAUAUAUAUAAAUACAUAUACACAUAUAUACAAACACACAAACACACACACACACACACACACACACACACAAGGGCUUUUAAAGUGCAAAAUCUGAGAUCUGCAAAGAGGUUCAA